CGAACGCGACCGCGCCUUCAACAUUGCCGAAGAAGUACACACAACCGGUUUCAAAAAGAACCUCCGUGUGCUGGUGAGCGCGAACAUGGCAACAAGGCUAAGAAGAGGCGCAGUUGAUGCGAGUGAACAACGAGUCGAGAGUCCUGAGAUGCGGAGGUGGGGUUAACCUCGGCCGUCGUACCAGCCCUACCCAACAAGCUUACCACAGUGCAAACAUAAAGUCAGCCUUGAUAGAAGUUGUCCGCAUCGUCUUCAUCACAGUACUGUCUGAGAUUCAACAUGGCGCCCAAAAACAAUAUUCCCGCCUAUGUGCUAGGCGUAGGUCUCACAAAGUUCAUCAAGCCGCGCAAAGAGCGCGCCUAUCCGGAAAUGGGUUACGAAGCAGGCGUGAAAGCUAUGCUGGAUGCACAGAUCAACUAUGAUGAUGUGGAGACGGGUGUUGCUUGCUACUGUUACGGCGACACAACGAGUGGGCAAAGGAUUUUCUACCAAUUCGGCAUGAGCACAAUUCCAAUCUACAACACAAACAACGCCUGUGCCACCGGCUCAACCGGCCUCCAUCUAGCCCGGACGCUUAUCAAAAACGGUGCCAUAGACUGUGCUCUGGUCAUCGGCUUCGAACAAAUGCAACCCGGAUCGAUCAAGUCUGCCUGGUCGGACCGACCAUCGCCCAUGGGCCUUUCCAUGCGCAUGAUGGCAGAUACGCGCGGCGUCGCGGACUCGCCUCCAAACGCACAGUAUUUCGCCAACGCAGGGCUCGAGUAUAUGGAAAAGUAUGGAGCCGAGGCGCGAGAUUUCGCUGAAAUCGCGAGGAUCAGUCACGAGCAUAGCCAGAAGAACCCGUAUGCGCAGUUCCGAGAUGUGUAUACAUUGGAGCAGAUUGAGAAGGCGCCGAUGAUCCAUUUUCCAUUGACGAAACUGCAGUGCAGUCCGACAAGUGACGGUGCGGGUGCAGCUGUGAUUGUAAGCCAGAAGUUUUUGGAUGAAAGGCCGCACUUGAAGAGCCAAGCUAUCUUGAUUGCGGGUCAAGCCUUGAUGACGGACUCGCCGCAGUUGUACUCCAAGUCGUCGAUGGACUUGGUUGGGUACGACAUGACGAAGCGAGCGGCACAAGUCGCGUUGAAAGAGGCAGGCGUUAGCCCUAAGGACAUUAAAGUUUGCGAGCUCCAUGACUGUUUCUCGGCAAAUGAGCUUAUUCUCCUUGAGGGCCUAGGCUUCAGCGAACCCGGAAAAGCACAUAUGAUGGUACGAAAUGGAGACAUUACUUACGGAGGCAAGGGACCCGUCGUGAACCCGUCCGGCGGUUUAAUCAGCAAAGGCCAUCCGCUUGGCGCGACAGGACUGGCACAGUGUGCCGAGUUGACGUGGCAACUCCGUGGGUGGGCGAACAACAGACUUGUGGACGGUGCAGAUGUCGCUCUUCAACACAAUCUAGGCUUGGGCGGGGCGGUGGUGAUCAAUGUGUACAAACGCGCAGAUGGAAAGAAGAGUGUUAGGAUGAGUGACGAGGAGAUCAAGCAGGCCAGCCAGUUCUCGUACAACCCAGCUGUGGAGGCGCGGUACGUAACGAAGGAAGAGGGCGAGAAGGUCCGAUCAAAGACAGUGCGAAAUGAAUAUGCGCUUGGAGAUACCCUGGAGAAGAUUCAAAGCCGAUUGUAGAUUAUGAAUCGACCAGUGCAAAAACCAAAUGAACGCCAGAUUUCUCGUGUCCGAUGAUGCACCCCCAUAUCUAUGUAUUGUUUGGCAAUUUGUUGCCUAUCUUGCCAAACGCAUUGUUCCAAAGAGGAG